AUGUUUAAAUCUAGUGUUUUCACUUUACUGAUAUAUUUUACAGUUUCUAUAUUGGCUUUGAAAAAUGUUGAGGGAUCUCGACCGGUUCUAGAGAAGACAGUUGAAGCCUUAUUCGCUGACAGAUCUGAAGUUAUUCAUCCAGCCACGUGUAAAGUAUUCACAUCGUCUACACGUCAGUCAAAAAUGUGCAAAAGAGAGCCAGGUUUGCCGAAUAUACUAGUCAAAGCGAAACAGCAAGCAAUUAAAGCUUGUGAGGAGACUUUUCAAUACGACAGGUGGAACUGUUCACUUGUUUUCAAUAAGAAGCCAAAAAGGAGUAUUUUCAAAAAGAUAUACAGAGAGACUGCGUUUAUACACUCUCUUGUGGCAGCUUCUAUCACUCACGCAGUAGCAAAAGGAUGUGCUUCUGGUGAGCUAUCCAGAUGUUCUUGUAUCGGUAGUUUUAGAAACGCCUCGAACGUUCAAAUGAGAGGAGGCUGUGGCGAUGAUUUUAAAUUCGGUAAACGAUUUGCUAAGAACUUUCUCGAAUGGAAAACAGCGGGGAACGAUCAAAUAGCGGAUGCUUUAAAACAAGAUGUCAACAUAGGUAUUGAUUCCAUAGGCGAACAGUUGAAAGAAGUUUGUAAAUGCCAUGGAUUUUCCGGUUCGUGUACAACGAAGACUUGCUGGAAAAGACUGGGUCCUUUCAACUCAGCUAUGGGUUUAUUGAAGAAACAUUACCACCACGCGGUGAAGAAAAAGCUAGUGAAUUUUACAUCUAAAAGAGCUGUUACGGUAAAGGUGAAAAGAAAGUUGAAAAUGGAUCUUAAGAAUUUGGUUUAUUUCCAGAAGACUCCAAACUUGUGUGUGAGUACGAAAGGAAGGGUUUGUAAAGACAAACACAACUGUGCAACUUUGUGCUGCGGUCGCGGGUUUGUUGUGACUCAAAAAACAGUGGCUUCUAGGUGCAGAUGUAAAAUGGUGAAUUGUUGUGUCGUUAAAUGUGACACUUGUGUUGAAGAAGUGGAUGUUUAUACUUGUAAAUAAUAUACAUUAUUUUGUCUUAACCACUGGAAUAAUUUAACUGUUGCAAAAUUUGGUAUACCUAUAACUAUAAGAUUUAAGAGAAAUAGCCACAAAUGAAUUGAGAACCUCUUC